CUGGCUGCUAAUCUUAUAAAAAAUAAAAUAAAAUUGUCCGCCACUAAAUUCGUGGGCAAGGUUUAUCAAACAGUCCAUAAUUCCACCCUUCAACUACACACUCACUCAGCUCCGCUCACAUUUCCGGGUAAUUGUUGGUGGAUGUGAUAGACAUGGAUUUCUUGCGUUGGGCGUGUCCAUCACCGGAAGAACAGAAGUCGUGCAUCAACAAGUCUGUUGCUUUUAAUUACGAUAUUAAAUAUAAAGGAGCUAGUGCGAAGCCCGCGUCUUCGCUUCAAGAAAAUGAGGAGCUUAGUAAAGAUGGUUUCUUUGUUAAUCACGCAAAAGUUUUACUGGGUUCGGGGCCUGAGACUUAUGAGAAAGGCAAGACUGCACUGCAGACUUGGAAGCAUUUCGGAAUGAAUUGGGCUUUUGUUGAUCCUCAGACUCCAGUCCAAACAGGGGAGAAGUUGUGUGUUUGUGUCAAAGAGAUUGUACCAUGGAUCAUGAUGCCCCUGCAGGUUGUGUUUGUAAAUGAAAGCAAAAUGGCUAAUAAGCCUGUGGCCUCUUUCAGUUUCGGUAGCGGUACCCUCAAAGGACACCUACUGGCUGGUGAAGAGCGUUUCUCAGUUGAGCUAGACGAGAACAAUCAAGUUUGGUAUGAGAUACUUUCUUUUUCAAAGCCGGACCACUUUAUCUCGCGAAUUGGGUAUCCAUAUGCGCGUCUCAGACAAAAGUACUUUGCUAAUCAAUCUAGUUCUGCAAUGCAAAAUUAUGUAUCUUCCAACUAAAUUACUUAAUAUCCUUGUCACUUUUUAUUUUGAACUUUUAGCAAAUAUUAUGUCCUAUAGAUCUGUAUAAUUUGAAUAUUUUCAGUUAACUUUAUAUACAAAGAUUAAUAGGC